AUGACGUUAGUUUCAGGAAGAACUUCCACACUCAACCCCAACGCCCCACUGUUUGUCCCCGCCGCCGUCCGCCAAGUUGAGGACUUCUCCCCGGAAUGGUGGGACCUCGUCACAACCUCCACUUGGUUCCAUGACUACUGGCUUAGCCAGCAACAGGGAGAAGAUGGUUUCUUUGCUAACACAGUGGAUGACUUCGAUGUCACGGAUCUCCUCCCUGAUUCCAUUGAAGCCGAUGAAGACACUUUGACCAUGGAAGCACAGUAUGAGCAGUUCCUCCUUUUAUCUGAAAUGGAAAGAACAAACACUUUCACUCCAUCUCCUACUACCUUCAAGCAAAUCCCCACAAAUGGUCUGGAGUUGGAGUCUGAAGUGAUGAGGGGUUUGACUUUGUCAAAGUCAAUGAAGGAGUGGGGUCCGAAGUCACCGGUGGAGGUGGCUAGGUAUUGGGAGAAGCCGGCAAAAGCGGUGAGUAUGAGCCCGAAGUCACGUGCACAGCGCAUUCAGCAGCCUCGUUAAAUGCUGGUUAAUUUGGAUGGAAUUUCUCUGGGCUAGGUUAGGUUUCCGUUUGGUAUAAUUCAGUGUUGAAGAAAAGAAAAGAGGGUAAGGGUAGUAAUGUCUUUUGUGUACAGAGCAAGGUGUUGUUAGCUGUCGUUUGUAUCUAGCCUUGUUCAUAGUCUAACAUCGUUCAUUUCAACUAGCCAGGGAAAGUUAAAAAAUUUGUAAAGAAAAUUUCAAAAUGUAGAAAUUCAUGGAACAUUUCAUCAUGUUUUGUUGCUAAAAACUCAUAUUGUGGAUGCUUUUAUUUUGUUCGAA